AUGGUCAGCCUGCCGAGGCUCGACAUUGACACGCUCAUCACGUACAAUGUGUCCCGGCCGGUGUGUGUUGGACCCUCGACCCAGCUGACAGCUUCGCAGUACCCCUUCGGCCGGUGGUUCCACAUCCUGUCGUUGCUGCUCUUCACGGCUGUGACGGUGUUGUUUGCUGUCUGGGCCGCCGCAACAAGCGGGUACAGCGACAAGAUGAUCGUGUCGACGCGGUACAACCUCACGGACAACAAGCACUGGUACUCGCACUAUGUGCCCUUGAUGGAGAAGCACUCGGACCUGUGCCAGCCUGUCACCAUUCGGCCAGGCGACACCAUCACGACCACGCUCGGCCUGUUCAAGUGGACGUACUCUGGCGUGGGCGACCUGUCGACUGGCGCAGCGGCCGACCGCGGUGCCGGCGGGCUCGGCACGCACUUUAACCCUUUGCAGCCGUACCAUAGUGCCGGGGACGCAGUGCAGGUCAACGACGGCGAGGUACAGACCGGCUAUACGGGGUCUACGAUCGAGCGCUGCGAUGUCGGCUCCGUCGACCUCUGGGUCGACCUCGGCACCAGCACAGUCAAGAGCACGACCAGCGUGACGUGCAACAUGCCUGGGUGGCAGGGCAUCAUGACGAGCAGCCAUACCGACUCCAACUCGCCCAGCUCGGGCUUCAACAUGUGGCCCCUCGACGCCAUGUUCCUCGAGGACAUACUCCUCGGCACGCCGCAGAUAGCCCACACAACCUUCUUCCACGACUACCUCAACGCGCUUGCGCAGGACCUGCAGGUGCGCCUGCACCGGCUGGGCGCGGACCUGCCAGCGGGGGAGAGCCGGCCGACGGUGCUGUACAUGCGCAUGCUGGUCGCCGACUCGUGCUGGAACAAGACGGACGUCGUAUGCUUCGCCAAAACCCCAGAACUCAAUUUCCACUCGAGCGACACGGAGAUCUACGACUUCAGAGUGUACUCCAACUACAGCUACGGGCGGGGCAUCCCCUCUGCGCGCGAGAAGGGCGUGCUCGAGGCGCCGCUGUACAAUUUACUCCAAGGCCUCGUGGCCGCCGCGCGUCUCGAUUUCGGGUGUCCAGAUGACGCGGUCAACAUCUACACGAACGACGCGGCGCGCAUCGCGACCAUCAACACGAGCGACGCGUACUCGGCCUCCCUGUCGCCGCUGCAGGGCGCACAGAUCUUCAACAAGAUAAUCGAGGUGCAGGAGAAGCGCUACCCGGGCCUCCUGACCCAUCCUGGGCCAGCAGCAAUCGACGUGCAGUACCUCUGUACCGUGCGCCGCCCGAAAUCCGCCGCAGGCUUCAUCAUCUCCAUGGUCAGCACGACCAUCUCUCUCUGGCUCGGCUUCUACGGCCUGUACCGCAUCUUCUGGCGCAUCGUGGGGAAAUACUUCUCGCGGCACCGGCACAACUUUGACCUCGACUUCAGCGGGCGCCCGAUGUCGGUGUACACUGACAGCGUGGCGCCGAGCUUUAGCUCGACGCUGAAUGGCGAGCUGGCCGCGGGGGGCAAGUACAAAUACGACCGCGACGACAAGGACCCCGAGUGCGGGGUCAUUACGACGACGCGCGAGGUCUCCGACGCCGAGAGGGAGCGCGACGGCCCAGUGUGGGUCGAGAGCAGUGGUAGCUCCUUCCACGGGGGCAGCACCCGCGGCAGCACGCUCCACGACAAGUUUGCAGAAAAACAUACAGAAGACCGCGGCGUCGUCGUGUCUAAUCGCCCCGCUACCGACCCCAUAUCCGAUGCUGAGCGCGCACGGAGCGGCCCCGUCUGGGUUGAGGGGAGCAAGAUCCGCGCAAGCACGGUCAGGAGCGAGCCUCUGCGCGGGGUCAUCACUGUCAAGCGGCCCUUUUCCGAUCCCAUUUCUGAUGCUGAGCGCGGGAGGAACGGGCCGUUGUGGGUCGAGGGUAGUGCUAUUCGCAUGGUUUAG